ACACUGGUCAGCAGCACAUUGUGACAUAAGCAUUAGUUUAAGUGCCUUGACUAUACAAAAUAGAUAUUAAAAUCCUCAAGCAAAACAUGAACAAAUAUCUUCAUUAUUUAUUAACCGUGGAGAAAUCAGAGCUUGGUUAUGAUCCAUAUAACCCUGAGCUUCCCAAGCCUUCGACCCAAAUAGCGAAUGGUGCUUUGGGUGACAUUACAGUGUCAACCCCUAGCAUUCUGCAGCUGGAGUUGGUCAACAAGGCCAUUGAAGAGGUAAAAUAUGAAGUCGAGAGAGAGCAGAAAAAGUAUGAGGAGCUAUUGGAGACAACAAAGGAAUACAGCACAUCUGAGGCUAAUUCGCUUAUUUCCAAAACACCUGUGUCAGCUGCUGUGACAAAAACAGACUCUUUAGAAUAUAACCCAGGUAGCUAUAACUUGAAUAAUAACACAGACUACAACCCUACGCCUUUGGCUGCUGCUAGUUCAAGUAAAUACACCUUGGAUACUUUUGAUAAUGCAAAAUCCAAAGGUAGUUCAUUGGAAUACGUUCCCAAAGUUGUGGCUCAGCCUAAAAAAUACAGUAGCAUUGUCACGAACAAUAAGUAUGUGAUUGAUGACUCCAAGCCUUCUACGGACUUGGAAUAUGACCCUCUUUCAAAUUACUCAGCAAGGCUUUUGAGCAAAGCCAGCACAAAGGAGCAGAAGGGGACCAAAAGGAGAAAGGUCUCUAGUCGUGGAGAAUCUUAUUCUCCUUCAUGCAAAAAGCACUGUAAUGUAUCCAGUAACUACGGAACGUAUGCCAAAUUCUCUGACUCUGAAGAGGAUGCUGACUUGGAAUAUCAGCCAACCUCUGUUGGCCGUUUACAAUCUAAAGUCAGUUCUGAAAACGAAUCAAGUGAUGGGUUGUCCAUCAAAGAAAAGAGCACCAAACUGGAAGAUCUAAAUUCCCGGGAGAUGAAAGAAAUGGCAGUGCAGUAUGACAUGGAAGAUAUUGAAAGUCCACGGAAAAAUCUUGUCAAAGACUUGUCGGAGAAGAAUACAAAAUUGGCAAAGGCAUCUUCUGGCAAGAAUGAUCAGGAUGCUGAAGAGAGAGACAGCAAAGAGAUUGCAAAAGACAAAAUGAAAAAGAAAAAAACAGAUGGAAGGAAGCCCCCUUGCCACAAAGAGAUGGGCAAGAAGGAGAAAAGUAAAAACACAAAGAAAGAGAGUAUAGUCAAGAAAGAAGAAAAAUUAAAAAUUAAAAAUGGAGAAAAAAACUGUAAAGAGAAAAGUAUCAAAGCAAAACCAGACGGGGAUUCGAAGAAAUCUGAAAAAGAGAAAUUGGAAAAAGUGGCUAAGAAAGAGAAGUCUAAGUCCACCAGUUGUGCAGCCAGCUCAGGGAAAAGCAAGAAUGAGGGGCCCUGUAAGGGAGCUAGCACAGAGAAGCUGGAAGGUAGCAAGAAGGACUCCAUGCCAAAGGCAGCUGAUCUGAAGAAUGGCAAACAAGCCUCUAGUGAUAAACACAAAGACAAAGGGGGCAAGACUUCUGCCUCCGAUCGUCCAAAAAAGAAGGCAAACCCUGCGAAAGUGGGGAACUCAAAAGGCAAGUGUAAGCCAAAACAGCAGACGUUGAGCCAUGUUGACCUGUUUGGAGAUGAGAGUGGGGAGGAGGAGAAGGUGGGCCAAUCUCUGGCUCCAUUUCCAAACAUGAGCUCAGACUCCGAUGGAGAUGAUGGCUCCUAUGGUUUUCAGAGUGAUAAUGAAGGGACAAAGACCAUUCAGCGCUCCAAGCUGUGCAAGUCAUCUUCAUCCUCCUCAGCCUCUGAUGACAUUGAUUAUUCCGUCCUGGAGAAAGAUUUGGAUUAUGACUCUGACCCCAUGGAAGAGUGCCUCAGAAUUUUUAACGAAUCCACGGAUGUGAAAACGGAAGACAAGGGAAGGCCACGGAAGCAGCCACUGAAAGAAGAGGCAAGUGAAGAAACGGUGGAUGACGCUUUAACCACUCUAUUUCCUGGCCAAAAAAGGAGGAUCUCUCACCUUGCCAAGCAAGGAAACGCAGAUGUCCCAAGCAAACCAGUCAUCCGGCCGUACCGCCCACCAACUGCCCAGGAGGUCUGUUACCGGCGGAUUCAGCUGGCACAGCAGCAGGCGGCACAGCUGGCUGUGGCAGUCCGAAGGGCCUCUCUUGCCUUGCCAGGAGAAAAGAAAAGGAUUGCUCACGUGCCAAAUGUAGCGCUUUCCGCAGCAGCAAAGCAGAUCACUGUGGGCAUUAAGAAAACCAUUCCAGUCAGCAGCGUUACAGCCCGCAAUGGCUCUGAGGCACCUGCUCUUACUCUGAAGGCCCGUACGCUAGCUGGCAUGACGUCUAAGACCACUACUACUGCUUUACAGAAAAGAAUAGCACACGCUCCCAGUCUACAGAGCGCUAGUUUAAAGAGGCCCGUUAUUCCCACUGAGUUUGGUGCCAAAGUCCCAACCAACAUUCGCCAAAGGUACCUCAAUCUCUUCAUUGACGAGUGCCUGAAGUUCUGCUCUUCCUCACAGGAAGCGUUUGACAAGGCUCUAUCAGAGGAGAAGGUGGCUUAUGAACGCAGUACCAGCCGGAACAUCUACCUGAAUGUGGCAGUGAACACAUUAAAGAAGCUAAGAAGUCUAGUGCCCAAUUCCCCGCCUUGUGUAAACAAGACCAGUAACAGGAAGGUGGUGUCCCAUGAAGCUGUGCUAGGAGGGAAACUCGCUGCUAAGACGAGCUUUACGCUAAACCAGUCAGGGAACUUGCGGGCGGAGGACUUGACGGGAGCUGCUUUGUACAGAAGACUGAAGGAGUAUCUCCUGACAGAAGAGCAGUUGAAGGAAAAUGGUUACCCAAUGCCACAUCCAGAGAAAGCCGGCCGUGCUGUCGUUUUCACGGUGGAAGAGAAGAAAACGACUGACUCUUCAUGCAGGGUUUGCUGCCGCUGUGGUACUGAAUACAUGGUCUCAGCAUCUGGAAACUGCAUUCGCAAAGAGGAGUGUCUCCAUCACUGGGGAAGGCUACGCAAGCAGCGAGUGCCGGGGGGCUGGGAAACGCACUACAGCUGCUGUUCAGGAGCUGUGGGUUCACCAGGAUGCCAGGUGGCCAAACAACAUGUCCAAGAUGGCCGGAAGGAGAACCUGGAGGGUUUUGUGAAAACUUUUGAGAAGCUGCCUACUACCAAUGGCUAUCCAGGGAUCUAUGCUUUAGACUGUGAAAUGUGUUACACCAAGCAAGGACUGGAGCUGACGAGAGUAACUGUGAUCAGCUCUGACCUGAAAGUGGUCUAUGACACCUUUGUCAAACCUGACAACAAAGUGGUCGACUACAACACCAGGUUUUCAGGUGUGACGGAGGAGGACCUGGAGAAUGCAAGCAUCACCCUGCGAGACGUGCAAGCUGUUCUAUUAAACAUGUUCAGCGCAGACACGAUUUUGAUAGGACACAGCUUGGAAAGUGAUUUAUUUGCACUAAAGCUUAUCCAUAACACAGUGGUGGAUACUGCAGUUGUCUUUCCCCACCGGCUGGGUUUGCCUUACAAACGAGCACUCCGGACGCUGAUGGCCGACUACCUCAAGCGCAUCAUCCAGGACAAUGUGGAAGGUCAUGACUCCAGCGAGGACGCCAGCGCUUGCAUGGAGCUGAUGAUCUGGAAGAUCAAAGAAGAUGCUAAAGUGAAACGAUGACUUGCGCUCGUUCUCUCUCCUGUUCUUCCUCCGCCUCCUUGAAGCAGUGCAAUAAAUACUCAGAGUAA